AUGGCUUUCAUGCACCUCCCCGCUUCUUGCGCCUCCCUCUGCGCCAAUUCGCACCGUGUCUCUCGAACGGUAGCUGCUGCUGUGUGCGACUUGUCUGGCACUUGCCUUCCGUCGUGUUUUCGUCCCUCCCGACCGUUGCGGAUCAGCCUCCGAGUUGAAGUGCUGGCUCCUCCUUAUCGUGAUGCUGCUUCUCCAUCCUUCUCUCUUCACGCCCGGCCGUCCACUCCUGAUUCUGACCUGAUUGCUGCCCUGUCGGAUUCGCUUCCCACGACCCCUCCCCCGCCAUUCUAUUCCACUCUAGCCUCCAUUCUCUCAAAGGUGGAUUCCCCCGAUAAAGCCGUGGCCCCCUCUUCCGCCGCCUCGACCGUCGUCCCGCCCUCCCCGGCCUCCUCCACGUCCCGCACUCCUAGCAGCAACGAUGCUGGUCACUCGCUUCCGUCUGGCCUUCAUCCCCGGGUCGCUGUGAUUCUAGGAGUCGAUCGGAAAUGGUAUCUACCGUUGCUGAUCUGCCGCGCGCUGAGCACCGUGCCGGCCGCGUGGUGGGGGCUACGAUGUGCCUUCACCUUCUUGGCCGAACUGCUACACAUUCGGCCGGGAUUAGGACAUGAGGGGUGGGCGGCGGCGAUUGUCGGCAGCGUUGGUCAAGACUGGGAUGUUGAGAGAAGAUUUCGGGUUACAGAGGUGGCGUUGGCUAUUAUGUGGUGCUGUGCAUCCGCAUAUCUUUCCUACUUUUUUGCUGAUUGUAUGAUGUCUCGAUGGCUUUUGAACUAUACCCCACCAGCUGUUGUUAUUCGUCUCCUUACUACAAAUGGUUUGAUUGCUUAUAUCACUUCUUGGGUACUCUAUCUCUCCGGGGCUUCCUCCGACCCACGCCUUCUCUUACCAGCCUGGAUAUCCAUUACAACGACCCUUACCUUUCUUUACCAUGCCACCCAAAACCAUGCUACUAUCAAGCGCGAAACGGCAGCUGCGCUUCUCAUCGUGUCGGUGGCUAGUUUCGUGAGCAUGUCCUCACUUCUUCUGCAGUUACAUUUGACCCGAGAGAACGAACCAGAAGUGCCUGUGUUCGUCAUCACGCGCAAGCUUUGGGAUUGGGCCGUUGCGAUCUUCCUUCGCAUGCGGGUGUCGGACGAUCGGGUUCCGGUUGGGGAAUUGUAGGCUGGGCCUGGGUUGAUCGACUUACCGAUCACGGCGCUAGUUGUGUUGCCAUAGACUAUUCCUAUUGGUGUCGUUGGGUACUCGUCCCCUUGAUUAGAUACAUACAUACCUUAGCUACGAAAAAGGAUACAUCAAUUGAACUUUUUAAUAGAAAC